CAACUAUUCAUACCCUACCCAUCAUAUGACAUUAUAUAUUUUGACAUUGACAGUUCAGAAAAAAAUAAUGCGCAAUUCACGAUAUUUAUAAUUUAUAAAAGUCCAAAAGUUUAUUUUUUGGGUAGUGUAGUGCAUAAAACCAAAUACAAGUCGUCUUACACAAAGGUACUGCCUCAAGAGGCUAGAAAAUGUCUCUCCGAUCCAUUGGAGGGAAGCUGAUCAAGCAUGGAACUGCCAUUAUACGGCAGGCAAAUAAAGGCAAAACCGCAGCGAAUCCUCAAAGAAGAACCAUUAGCAACACUGUAAAGCCCCUACAACAGACCUCGCUUCCUAGCCAGAAAACUGAUCUAGCCAAGAAUCGAUACUAUGUCCUUAGAAAUAUCGGUAUUCAAAUCACCCAAAGGGCCAGACGUUUACUUGUUGAAGAUGUCUUGAACGGAGUUUCAUCCAAAGUAUUUCAAAAAACGUCUCAGAGGGGCUUAUUUGGAAACACUGCGCCUUUGUUGAGCUUGGUUGGGUGUGCUGUAGUUGGCCAGGGUCUCCUUACUAAAGAUGAAGAACUUGAAGGCGUCUGCUGGGAGAUCCGUGAAUGUAUGUCAAAAAUCCAAUGGAAUAGAGACAUGAUUUCAAACGAAACUCCUUUCGAUGACAGCCCAAUGAAUCUGCAAGCAUUUACCUUUGGCAAACCAAUAGCUAAAGGUUCAAAUGCUGUUGUUUAUUCCGUAAAACACACAUCUCGAGACACAAGUCCUCUGGCACUGAAAAUGAUGUUCAAUUAUGAUAUCCAGUCAAACUCCUUGGCAAUUUUGAAAGCCAUGUAUAGAGAAACAGUGCCUGCUCCUAUUUAUUUCAAUUGCCACGGUAUUAGCGACUACGAGCACGAAUUUCUCAAUAUGACCAGACACCUCCCUCCUCAUCCAAAUAUUGUUAAGAUUCUGUCAGUUUUUACAGAUUUUGUUCCUGAAUUGGAACAAUGCAGGGAAAUGUAUCCUGCUGCUUUGCCCAAAAGAAUUGACCCUGAAGGCGAAGGAAGAAAUAUGUCUUUGUUUAUACUUAUGAAUAGAUAUCAGCAAAACUUACACGAAUUCCUCAAUGCUCCGAAUCAACUGACAUCAAGAACUUCUAUUUUAAUUCUCACUCAACUCCUAGAAGCAGUUGUCCAUAUGGUAGCGCACAACAUUGCCCAUAGAGAUCUAAAAUCUGAUAAUAUUUUAUUGGAUUCCACAAAUAUUGAAAACCCCUUGGCCGUUGUGAGUGAUUUUGGAUGUUGCCUAGCAGAAAAAUCUCUAGAUUUAACAGUGCCUUAUACGAGCUUUGAUAUAGAAAAAGGUGGCAACACUGCUUUAAUGGCCCCAGAAAUUAUUUCAAAAAAACCAGGACCGUUUAGCAAACUGAAUUAUGAAAAAUCAGAUUUGUGGGCUGUUGGAGCAAUUGCCUAUGAAAUUUUUGGAGCUCAAAAUCCAUUUUACGGCAAUAAGAAUACAAGAUUGAGCAGCAUGUCUUAUAAAAAUGAGGAUUUGCCACCUUUGCCCAAUAGCGUGCCUUCAAUUUUUAACAAUCUGGUUAAAAACUUGCUAAGGCGCGAUCCGGGCGAACGUUUGUAUCCAGACAUAGCAGCCAAUAUUUGUCAACUAUUCCUAUGGGCUCCUAGUUCUUGGUUGGAUAAAAACGAGAAAUUUCCAACCUAUAAAGAGAUUUUGGAGUGGCUUUUGAAUUUAGCUGCUAAAAUAAUAGUUGAGGGAGGUAAGCUUAAAAGUUUUCAUGAAAGAAAAAAGCUUAAUUAUGCUGAAUAUUUGUUGAUUUCUACGUUUUUAUGCAGAGUUAAGUUGCAUAGUAUUAGGUCAGCGUUAGAGUGGAUUCGAGAUGGUACUAUUUAGGAAGUGCCUUGAUAAUUUAUUGAGAUAUAAUUUUAGAGUGUACUUAUUUAAAAAAAUAGAUUGUGAUUCGAAUUUUUAUUUUAAUUAUGAUAUUGUUUGGUGUUUAUAAUGAUUAUUGUUAAAUUAUGAAGAAAUUCUAAUAUACAUGAUAAAUAUUUUGUUUGAA